CGCCUAGUACCGACGAUUAGCAUCAGUCGUCACUCCCACGACUAUUACUUAGCAUUUUGGCCACAACAGAAUCGCCUGCUAACUGCAAUGGUGUUGGGGCGACAUGUAAACCAUCCGGGACACUUGCGUUUUCCGUUAUAAAGAUGGGCGGUUCAGCGUGCAAAUAACGGAAUCAUCAUAGUCGAUCGAUAUCAAAAUGACAACGUGGUUUUAUACGUCUAAUACUUCGAUAUAAAUAACCAGUCAGUGUGAAUCAUCUGCGAGCGCCACAGUGUUCUGGAUGGAGCUUCGGUUGCUGCAGGUGCUUCGUCGAGGGGGGUUUAUUAUGGUUCUGCUUUUUGUUUUGGGCUAGUCAUCUUAAGCCGGGUCUUGAUUUGCUUGUGGAGCAUUAUGAUUUUAAGACACAUUGUAAAUAGGGCAGCACUGCGUUUCAUGAAUGUGUUAUUGCAUGAGCUCUUCAACUGUUGCUUAUAGUGAAAGCAGAAAUGGGCAGAAGGAAGGUAAUAUUUUGACCAUCUGCGUGUCUGUGUUGCUACCGAAACUGAUGCACUGGUGAGGCCUAUUCUAAAAUGCCUCAAAUGUUUGGUUUUAGGUCGUGACUAGAUGCAUUUCAUUGAAACCAAACAGCUUUGAUGCCUCAAUGAUGUCAUCAAGAACAAAACAAAAUACUUUUUUUUCCUGCACUGACAAAGGCUUUAAAUCCAAAAUCAAAUAAGAAACCAAAACACAUAUCUUUUGUAUAAUAGUAGUAAACCACGUUUCUGUUGUGUCCAAAUCUCUUGGAUUCUGUGUAAGGCUUUUAAUAAAUAAUAAAAACAUAUUUUUAUGUAAACUCCAGCCAUCAAUACAUGGAUACAGACCCACGUUUUUAUACCACUCUUCAUGACAGCCUAAUACUGUGUCCACUCUGACCCCUGAAUUGUUUUUGUUUUGCUUGGAGCUUGAACUCCUCCACUGGGGAAGGAGUUUAGAAAGAACCAUUUAAAGCUAUUAGUUGUGUAAGAUGGGAUGGCAUCCCUGUUGUAGAGGGAGCAGAGGUUAGACUAAGAAUGUCUGCGCAUUGAUCUUAAAAUUGUCAUGCUUGGAGAGAAAAAAGGACUGAAAAGUAACAAGAAAAAGAACAGUGAGGAGGAGGUUUUGGAUGUGGUGAGGGAGUUGGAGACACGUUAUGCAGUUCAAAACAGGUCAUCUGUUUGGAUGUGAUGUGGCAGAGUUCCAGAGAAAGAAUACUGAAUUGCUAAAUAUGUGAGCGAACAAGCGUGGAAAGAGGGUUGAAGAAGGAACCGUCAGUUUCUGUAGCUCUGGGUUUGAUGCUGAAGGUUGUCCAACGGUGAGUGAGACUCACCAAUGAGCUGGCAAUCUGCUGAUCAGCUUCUGUGGAAAUCCCUGAUGACCUUCAUAUCCUGGCAUAAUUGCUGGCGUAACAUCAAUCAUCUCCUUGAUACUUUUCCUCAAGUUUAUUAAGAGCCUAAAUGUUUUUGUUCAGUGUUGUCAAUUAUUAAUUUGAAUUGAUUUGUUUUUCCCCAAACAACAGUGUCAUUGUAAAAAACAGAUAUCAUGUGUCUUGUAUGAAAAAUGUUGAGUAUAAAACAUGAAUCACAUUGUUGUUUUGUUAGUAUUUAAAAAAGAAAAUAAUUAAACUACUUCCAAAAAGAAAGCUGAAAUACAGUAUAUGAGAUGAGUCCAGACCCAAUAUCCCUAGAGAAGCACGAAUCACAACAAACAAGUGUUUGUGCUUUCCAGAAUGGUAGCCUUAUAGCUAUUGAUAUGAUAGCUGUCAUCACAAACAAUAAAAAUAACAAUAACAGUUCAAGCAGAAGAUUGCUAUCUACUCUCCAUAUUUUAAUAACAUUCAAUGCAGACAUCUCAUCAUAAAGUAAAGACAUAAAGUCAUAUUAUGAUCUAAUCUAAAACGAAAACAUUGAAUUGCGUUUACCAUCGCAAUGCUUCAUGCGUCACACUGUUACUCAGCAAGUGUAGUUUGAUGAAUCUGUCUGCGCGAGUGUGUCUGCAGCUUUACAUCAGCAGUGCCGCUGCUGACACAGCAUGAAACAGAGUGCUGCUUGAACACAAGGUCUGAUAGUAUCUUCAGAAAGUAUGCGUACAUGUAGGGUGUUGAAAUUGCAUUAACAAACUUGAAUCCUUUCCAUCAAAUUCAUUUUUUUUCAGUUUGAAAAAUUAAUAACUUAAUAGUAUAGCAUAUAGUAGCAUAUAGCAUAUAAUAUCUCCUCUGAUAUUUGUCAGGAUUAUUGUAUUUGUUUGCUGGUGUGACGGCUGUGUCAAGUUGUGUUAACUCGCUUUCCUGACUCACAAUCGUCUUUGACCUUAAUCCCCUAGUGAUGGAUAUCAGCAGUAUCCAGUGAGGGCAGUGUUUACUGUGCUAGACUCUCAUCACUGGCGCUGAUCAUUUCUCUCCACAAGCUGUUGCAACACAGCGUGGUCAAGAGAACUGUGUGAAUUCCUUUGAAGGCUGUGAACCCACUUGUGACUGCAUUGGGAAGUCACAAUGAUUGACAUUUUUACAGAACUUUAAAUCAGUUAAACACAAGGAUGCUUUAUUUUAAGGCAUACAACAAUCACAUCUUGUGUGUGGAACCAGAUUUGGUAUUCUGUUUUAAUAUCCAUGUUGAUAUUUAAACAGACAUAUAUGUGGAAAUGAAGCGGCUUAUUGGUUAUAAUUGUUUAUUACAGUUUUGUAAAUCAACUACAGAUAUUAAAUCAGUGAUCAAUAUACACUGUUUAGGGCCAAUUUAUCUGUGUUGGGCAAUUCUUACAAAAGGGGAAACAGGAUAAAACCUGAAUGGAGAAAUGCUUGCAUAAUAACCAAAUGAAUAAAAAGUGCAUUUUAAAAAGAGCAACUGUUAAAUGAUAACAUUUUCUGCUUGUUAAAAAUCCCCAGUGCAAGUCAGCCUCAGUCAGUGUCACGAGCUCAACUGUCACAGUCUUUAAAUUGCCUUUAAAUUGGUUUAGAUGCCAUUUGCAAACUUUAUAUUUUAAUUGUAACCGCUCAAAAUGUGGUAUGAAUGGCUCGUGUUACUUGUGAAAUGAUCCCAUGCUUUCAGUAUUUUGGCAUUUCUGCUUGGAUCUAAGAGAACAAUGACAUCACAACUAGUUGACUAAUAAAUCCAUCUGUGACUAAUUUAAUACUUAAUCGUCACUAUGUCAAAUUAUUGGUGUGCCACUACUCUUCACCGUUAUUGAUCCUGAACACUUUCGCUACCUCUGGAGUCAACAAGUUCCAUGAAAGAAUUAAAGGCUUGCCUUUGUCCCUAUUCAGUCAUCUUUAUUGUCCAAUUGCUUUGAAAGAAAAGGACCCUGUUCUUCCGCAAGGGAAUAAAACACUUUGCUCUUAAGGUGACAAUGCAAGAUACCACUAAACCCCGAACAUCUGUAAAUCUAAACUGCGGGCAGAGAAGUUGUAUUGCAACAAAUCUUUGCAUUGUUCUUGAACAAGAGGAUUGUUUAGCCGACCAUGUCACAGGACAAAAGAGGCUACCCUACUAUGGGUGAGACAAACCCCAUGCAUAACAACAUGUAUGGGCCUCCCCCAGCAGGAUUCGGGAUGCCCGCUCCAAAUUAUAACCAAGGCCCUGGUGGAGUGUACCCACCACCCCAUGCUGGUUUUGGUCCGGCACCGUACCCACAGAUGCCCUAUCCUCAGGCUCCCUAUGCCCAAGGCCCAUACCCUCAGGGGCCUUAUGCACCUGGCCCCUAUCAGCAAGGACUCAAUGAUCCUAUGAUGAGUCCUGGAUACCAUGGUGACGCCCCUCCUGCUUACUAUGAUAAUGGCGAUAUCACCAACUCAGUCUUUGACGAUAAGACUGCCCGGCAUAAUUUCAUCCGAAAAGUCUACAUGGUCCUCACUAUGCAGAUGCUCAUCGUUUUCAGCUUUGUGGCCGUCUGCACCUUUGUUGACGACGCAAAGUUCUUCGUGCAAAAUAAUCCAUGGAUGUACUACGUCUCCUACGCGGUCUUCCUUGUAGCUCUGAUCGUCCUAAGCUGCUGUGGAGACUUCCGCCGUCGACACCCCUGGAACAUGAUUGCACUGUUGAUCGUGACGGUGAGCUUGUCCUACAUGGUGGGCAUGAUCGCAAGCUUUUACCGGACAGACAGCGUCAUCAUGGCUGUUGGCAUCACAGCUGUUGUUUGCUUCUCUGUGGUUCUCUUCUCAAUGCAGACCAAGUAUGACUUCACGUCCUGCCAGGGAGUUCUCUUUGUCUGCGUGAUUGUGCUGCUGGUCUUCGGUAUCCUCUGCAUGUUCAUCCGCAACAAGAUCAUGCACAUUGUCUACGGUUCAUUGGGGGCGCUCCUGUUCACUUGCUUUUUGGCCGUGGACACUCAGCUCCUCCUGGGCAACAAGAAGCUGGCACUGAGUCCGGAGGAAUACAUUUUUGCCUCCCUAAAUCUCUUCACUGACAUUGUCAACAUCUUCCUCUUCAUCCUGUCUCUUGUGGGACACUCCCGUGAAUGAAGCUGCUGCUCUUCAAGAAGUCAGCGAGGAUUGAAUAGUGCUCUCCUUUGUGCGACAUGAUGCCAACUGUCUGAAAACAGUUCAACACCAUUCUUAGUUUUUAUUUGACCUCACUGUUCCCAGUGCCACAUGCACUAAUCAUUGAAUGCAACCGAUUUAUUGUUUACCGACCUCUUUGUUUUUUUCCCACUUACCUCUGUCCGUUUAUUAAAUAAGUGUUGUAGUUGGCACUGGACCCAUAAAAGGAGGGUUUAUGAUUCAAAACCCACAGUGCAACUCAGUGUUUGAAGUUUGCAUGUUUUACCGGUGCGUGCAUGGGUGACUUCAGUGUACACCACCUCGCAAGUCAUUGACUAAAUAUGAUGGAGUCAACACGCUUUGCCUGCUACAUUGCUGGUGAAAAUUCCUUCCUUAUGAGUUUCUUAUUGUUUUUCUAACCUGUUUCUGUUUGUUGCCUCUGCCACUCUGCAUGGGAACAAAGGAAACACAAAAAAGUGAGGACCUCACUGUUAUAAGGUCUUACUUGUCACUGCAGAAAAUAGUUACAUGUGUUACUGUGAUUGAUGCUAAUGUUAUAGCUGUCCGAAAGGUAAACUGGGUUGACUUUGACACUGAUGCUUGGCUUAAAAGGACAUUAGCCUUCCUGUAUCAUAACUUAAAUAUAGUAAUGUAAUGUCACCUGAAUUUGAAGUUCUAAUUUAUUGGAUUGAUGUUUAUCUUUAUUGAAGACUGUAUGUAAAUUAAAUGUGUGAAUCAUGUGAUGAAUUUGGAUUUCUGACCUUUAUGAAAGAUUGCAAAGAAAGGCAUCUUUGAUACAGUGGGGUGUCAAAUGACAGUGAACACCCGGAGGAACUUCCCCCACUGUUAUCUUAUUAACUUCAAGUUCCAUUUCAGUGCAUACAGUAGCUUAUUGCUUAUUGUCUAUUUAUUUUUAGAUUUUUAUGGGAGGAUAAUGGCAGCUCACUCAGACCUGGUGUGAAGAUAUUUAACUCACAAGUGUAUCAAUAGACAACUAAGAGAUUUACUCCGUAUGGCUCGACUCCAUUUAGACACUGUAGGUCUAUUCUCAUUGUACAUUUUAUAUAAAGUCUUGGUAGCUCUGUUUGCUUUAAAUAAAAACCCAUACAGUACUAUCUUAGGGAAUGCCCUGCUCCUUUUAGCUCUUUAUGUCAGACAGUGAGAAUUAAAUGUCUGUUUUGGUUGGCAGAAAUAUCUAAUCCCAGCCGCAUCAGUAAUGUUGCUAUCGUUUGCAACCGACGUGUCUCACCUAAUUUCACCUUGCAGCAAUCUACCCUCAAAAUUAAAGUCUUAACACAAGUAAUAUCUUUUUUUUUUUCAUGACGCAUUGUGCGCACGACACAAUUGUUGAUAUCAAGAACCAACUUGUGAAAUUGAUGUAUAAUAAUUUGAAAUGUAAAUGAAACAGGUAAAAUGUAAUGGCCAUGAUUUAAUAAAA